CGCCGCAAUGCGGCUAUCGAUGCAAUCGCUACAUAUUGCCACUUCCAGGAAAAAAGCGCUACUGCCCUACCACGUAAAAAGUCGUCGACGCGACGGACGAGUUCGAUGUUGUCGAAGAAAAUUAGCCCCCAGCUAACAGCCACCCAGGCAAAGAAGCAAGCGUUAAGUGACGCUAUAUUAUUAGUGUUUACCGAGAAGAGGACUACUACUUGUUUCCUUUGUUUGGGGGAACAGAGCUUGCUGUUCGAAAAGCGAACUUAUAAGUUUACUAGUCCGGGAGACUUGACGAAACACUUUAAGUGGAAGCAUCUAGCCAAUAUCCGAGAAAGAGAUCGGCUCGAGUGCAAAGUCUAUCGAAUAGAAAUACAGCAUUAACAAUAUCUCCAGAAUUACGCACUAAGCAUCCACGGAACCGUUUCCUAAUGCUUUGAUGAUGUACCAAGCAACAUAGCCAGACAGUUUAGAUUUUGCCCUUUCUUUUCGUUUUUUCGCGCUUAAAGGUGUCGGGUACGGAUUGGCAUUAGCAUUGUGAUACUUUCCCAAGGAACUUCGAUUCUCAACUCCACAAGGAACGAAGCC